AUGAAGGAUGUGGAACUGGGCGAAGAAGAAGGGGGGGGUGCUGGGGAGAUCUUGGCUUCUCGUUCGAACUUGAAUCUGAAUGGUGGAGGUGAUGGUUGUGUGCCGACGGAGGGGAAAUCUAGUCAACAUGAGGGUUGCAUCGACGUCAGAAGCAGCGGUGAUGGAGCUCCCGCUCCUGCCACCGCCGCCUCGGCGGACAAGGUACUUAGCAUCGUUGCCACGCAGCCGGCUGACGCCGCAGCGCUUGAUGCUGAGAAACAUAGAACGACCGCAACCGCCGAUGGAGAUGAUGGUAGUACGUUCGUGCCAAUGACCACCGUGAAGAUAGCCGUGACGAGAAGUGACAGCUACCAAGAGCAAUGCAGGUAAGACUGGGUCUACUCUCGUGUUCUACCCUCUUUCAAGAACCGACCGAUGUCAUUAUAAAACCAGGUACGAGGAUAGAGUUGCAACUGUUUUGUAGAUUCCAAUGUUUUAUCAUUCAUUUCGUAUAUCAGCAUAUUAAAUUAUGAAAGAUAAGCGGUAGAAGCUUAAGAAUUUUUUUCUCAUGAAUAGCUGUUGAUCUUUCUAUUAAUUAUAGAUGUGCUAAAAUGGAACUAAAUUUUCAAAAUAUUACCUCAAAGGAUGAUAAUCCUGCUCAUUUUUUCAGGCUUCCCUCUUUUAUUUUUUCUUUUUGAAUCCUUUUACUUCCUAUUCGAGAACAAGUUUUCAAUACCAGCGGAUAUCUAUGCUAUUUAUUUUCUUUAUAAUUCUGAUGCAUUCAUGAAACAAAUUGCUUUGUUGCAAGUGGAAAACAAAUCCAAGACGCUUCCCAUCAAGCGGCGCCUUUAUUGUUAAUUAUGGCGCUUUUAUAAUCAUGAAGAAUCUGAAGAACUCUAAUCCAACGCAGUGUUUGGCACUAAAAUCUCACAAGAUUUUGAGAAAUACAUAGACUCACAUCUUUCUAAUGACAUCAAGAUCCUCUUGGAUAUCAUCGAUAUGUUUGAAGGUGUGAUAUCAUUUUGGUAUAUCAUUCAUUAUCUAGUUUGUCUUUUGUUGAUUGCAAAUUACAGUGUCAGUGGCUUAUAUCAUUGAUAUGCAAUUGUGAAGAUUAUUUGAGUAUCUGUUCAAUUAUCGCUUACCAUGUUAGCUUGCGUGUCCUAUGGGUUUUUGAGUGACAUUACCCUUGCCCGUCCUUGUCUUCCACAAAAGCUUACCACCAUUCGCAAUGCUACCUGCCAGAGUCUGCCAGGAGCUAUCAGAUGAACCGCUAAUGGAGCUUGGAUGUGGAUGUCGAGGUGAGCUGGCCAAAGUCCACAAAUCUUGCAUCGAAAUCUGGUUUGGGACAAGAGGUUCAAACAAAUGCGAAAUAUGCCAGUGAGUUCUUAAGGGCUUCUCUGAAAAUUCAGAUACUGUGACCUAAUAUAAAAUCGCUGGUGAUGCUAUUUAAUCCUUUCGUGCAGGCAGAUAGCUGUCAAUGUCCCAUUACCAGAGUCUCACCCUGGUGUAAGUUCUUUCAUAAGCUGCGAUGGUUUUCUGAGGAUCAUUGUAUGCAAUUGCUUGGAACUAUAUUAUGCUUUAUAGGGCCCUGCCAAGAAACUAUAUCUUUUUAUUUUUAUAGUGGUGAUCAUAAUAAUUCGAAAACAGUCCAAAAAAAAUAAUUUCUUCUGUUACUAUAUCUGCAUCCUCAUUUUACAAAGUUCAGAUUUAUUAUGUUGACUGACACUAAAGCUGUCAGCUUGCUCCAAAAGUUGUAUCAUUUCUUCAGAUCGUCGUCCCCUUCUUUCUAUCUUGGAAUUGAGGUGCUUUUUUUUUUUUCGUGGAACAGACAAAUUACUGGAUUUGGAGGGUGGAUCCAGCCUAUGGAAUUUCAAAUGUGGGAAAUCCAGAAAACCAAAGGGUAACUAGACAGGGUCUAUUCUUAGAAUAAGGCCCAUUCUUUCAUAUAACCAUCAUGGUGAUCUUAUCCAUUUUCGCUUCCAUAUCAAGCUAUGCACGCUGCAGCAUGCAGAUCUUGGAUUUCCUCUUAACUUCCCCUUCUGUGUUCUUAUCCUCCCAACAGAGAAGCUUUAACCCAAUAUGGAUCGCCUUCUGCAUUCUGAUUGGUGGGCUGCUGUUGGACGUGUUCGUAUCGAUUUCCUUCGGCAUCUCUGCUCUGCCCGUCAAUAUAAUCAUUGGUAUGCUCUUGGUGAUCACCUACAUUUGAAAUUCAUGAUGCCUUUGCGUUUCUCUCUCUUAUUCGCUGUUAUCAGAUUUGAAACUGGACUUGGGAUGGAAAGCUAAAAUCGGCAUCCGUUUGUCUAACAUGUCUGAAACCUUGGUAUCCAUGUUCUCAUACACUUGCCGAUUGUAGAAGUACUCCUGUAAUUAUGAACAAGGGCCCAUGCUCAGAGUAGACCCAAUCUGGUUAUUUUGGAGCAGGUGCUGGAACUCAGGAACUUCAUUGCUCUAGUGAUGCAAGUCUUCUCUCUUGCAUAAUAUCCAGAACCUAAUAAAUCAGCUUUUUUUAAAAAAACCCAGAUCUACUUUCUUUAUAUUUUUCUUUUUUGAACAAAUCACCGAUUUAUAUUUAUCUUCACAAACCCACCAUUUAUCUUCUUGCAGAUGAAUAAGAAACUUGCCAUUUAUUUCCUGAUACAAAAACUAUUUUAGGAGAUGCCCUUCAUAUUUAUUUCCCUUUUUGGCCUGAUAUAGUAAGUAUUUUUUUUAAUAAAAUACUUAAGAUUAGCAAGAAGUUUAUCUUGUUGUUGUCUUGUAUUAUUAUAAGACCUUUAUUUUCCUUUAAAAUUGUCCUAUUUAUUGGUCAUACGAAUGAUAUUUAUUAUUCAGAACAGAACCUCAGCAAACUUUGUCGAGAAACAGCGAACUCGCUGUUUAUUUUCUCAUAUGCUUGCUACUCUCAGGCAAUGGCCUUUUCCGAUUGAUCAAAGGCCACUCAGAACUUGAUGCAUGAUAUCUUCUGGCGGCUGUGCAGGCGCCCUCAUCCUGCUGGGGCUGGGCACCGCCCUCCGUCUUGCCCUGAAAUGCCGUAGCGAUUGGAACACGCGGAGGUUUGUGCUCCAGAGGACGACUGGAGUUGCGCCGCCGCAGUCCUGA